UCCCAAAUUGUAGAAUGAUACAUUGACAUUUGAGUUCUUUCCCCACACAGUUUUUUUUCUGCUUAAAGAUGAACAAGGAGCCUAUAAAUAAUGCUACACUAAAAUGGGGUUCUCAGCAGAAGGACAUGCCAACAAAUAACACUAAACAUAAAUUUGGUUCAAAUGAGUUGCCGUUAGUCAAGAAGAAGCUGAUACACCACAAAAUUCAUGAAAGGCAGGAUGAAAACACAGCAGAAGACGUCGAUGUCAAAGGAGAUGUCUCACUUCAUCCCUGGAGCCUCAUUUCUGGGUUGCUGGCUGUCACAUGCCUUCUCCUGUUGACUAUGGCCAUUGUCCUGGCUGUCUUUACCCUAGGCUCAUCCUCCAAGGAAGUACAUUCCUCAAAUGAACAAAAAGCAUCUUUCAAGGAAGUACAUUCCUCAAAGGAACAAAAAGGAUCUAGUUGUCAUUCAUGUCCAAAGGACUGGUUUUGGUUCAGAAACAACUGCUACUACUUCUCCAAGGAAGAGUUAACUUGGAGAGAGAGUCAACUUGCCUGCUUGUCUCUAAAUUCCAGUCUCCUAAAGAUAACCAGAGAGGAGAUGGAUUUAUUCACUUUAAAAUCUUUCUCUUGGAUUGGAAUCUAUUCUAAUGGAAUUGACCGGUGGUGGCUAUGGGAAAAUGGUACUGCUCUGCCCUUUGACAUGUUUUUUCUUCCUACGGUUCACAAACAAGUCUGUCUAUCUUACAGAUCAAGAGAAGCUUUAUUAGAUGAAAGCUGUGAAAAUAACCUGACCUACAUUUGUAAGAGUCACCCUACCUUUUCUGUAAAUUCACAGGAAGGAUAAAAAUUAUGUUGUUGUGGUAUAUUGUACCAAAGCAAAGGACUCUGAGGAAAGAGGGGAAGGGAAAGGAUGAUGAUGGUUUGAGAAUCCUGAUGCAUGAUUGUGAGAAAGGACUUAAACUGAGGGUGAGUGAGUUUUGCAGACACCUAUCAUGGGGAGAUGAGACAUUGUACCCAUGUGUCAACAACCAUGCUGUAAAUGUUUAACCCUUUAAAUGAUUAAAGUGAUUAAUGAAUUUCUCUUGUCUAAAGUUUUGGUUGUAUUGCUAAAGGCCACUUUGUUGUUCUAUGGAGAAAAUAUAUUAAUUUAUAUUUUUGGUGUAGCAAAAGUAGUAUUCCUUAAAUAUAAUCCAACAACAUUUAAACAUGUAUCAUAAUUUUGUUGAGUGGGUUUGAUUUAAAUGACUUUUCAUUAGAUAACCUUGUGGCAUUUU